UUCUCCUCCUAUUUCAAUCAAUCAGACCGAGAAAGAACAAAUCCCUCUGGUAAGAGGACGGUCUUUGUAAGUUCAGCUUCAAAAGAGCUGCGAGGAAGAAGGAAACAUGGGGUCAAAGGGGACCAUCAUCGUCACAGGGGCCAACGGCGGACUUGGCUCCGCCAUUGUGCAGAACAUCCUCGGCACUCCAGACCUGGCCUCGAACUACACCGGCGUGUAUGCUGUGCGAAAGGCCGCGACUGCGACGAAGCUCAACGCGGCUCUGUCUCGGGCCCCGGCAAAUCACAAGCAUGAGACGGUUGAUGUCGACCUAGGUUCGUUGGCAGAUAUCAGGAAGGCGGCCACGGACAUCAACGACAAGGUGGCCAAGGGCGAGUUGCCUAGGAUCCGGGCCCUGAUUUUGAAUGCCGGAUAUCAAGACCACGCGGGCAUUGCCAUGAGCAAGGAUGGUUUCGAAAUGUCAUGGCAGGUCAACUUUCUGUCCAAUCUGCUCCUGUCACUCCUCCUCCUGCAGAGCAUGGAUGCGCAAGAGGGCCGUAUUCUCCUUGUUGGCAGCUGGGCCCAUAACAUAGAAGACAAGCGCAACGAUGUGACAAGCGCAUACAAGGAUCCAAGAUAUCCAACUCUGUAUCCAGGCGUAGAAGCCCUCGCCAAAGGUGAAUGGAGCAGACCAGAAGAAGACCCAACAACCAACUCAGGCUUUCGUCGCUACGGUGCCAGCAAACUUUGCGCCAUAAUGUUGUGCGAGGAAUUGGCAAGCCGCAUUGCCAAGGACCCCAAACUGAGCAACAUCUCCGUCAUCGACUUGGACCCGGGCGGCAUGCCCACCGGCAUCGCCCGCAGAGCAGGCUUCCUCAUCAGCUUCGUCGUCAUGAAGCUCGUGCUGCCCGUCGUCACCGAGAUUAGCGUGCGAGUGAAGCCCAAUGGCGUCAUCAGGACUCCGUGGAAGAGCGCUGCGGACGCCGUUAGGGCUUGCUUCGAGAUUGAGGCUCACCGCGGCGAGGUGUUGCAUUUGGACGGCACGUCAACGGACCUGCUGGUCGCAAAAGAGACAAAAGAUGAGGAGAAGAGAAAGCAAGUGUGGGAAUACGGCUUGAAGGCGGCGCACAUUGAAGAAGGGGACACUGUUUUGGUGGAUUGGAAAUAGUCAUCAAGAGCUGAACGGGAUACGCACCUGAUCACAGACAGGUUUGAAAUACCUUUAGUUUUGUACGAGCCAAGAUUGACACACACACGGCAUAUGUAAUUACAUGUAUAUAAAGCCACCUUGCUGUCAACAUUAGUGUCAUGUUAAAAUCUCAUGUAAUCCUUGAUGGAGGACAGUAUGAGAUUGUUUCUCUAUGGCCAUAAUAGAAUAGUAGUAUAUGGAAAUGGACAACCGAC